AUGCUGCAACAUCAACCAAACCACCACCAACAGCAGCAACAACAACAGCAACGCCUGCUGAUGGACGAACAGGCCACAAUGAAACCGCCAUUCUCCUACAUUGCCCUCAUAACGAUGGCAAUAAAUGCCCAACCGGACAAAUUAAUCACGCUGAGCGGAAUUUAUCGAUUUAUUACUGAAAGGUAA